AUUGAAAGAGAGAGAGAGAAAGAGGAGAGAGAGAGGCAUUGGGCAUCAUCAGAUGAUCAAAAACCCACUCUCUACGCUGUUUGAACUUCAUCUCUCACCGAUUUCGCUGUUCCUCCUCCCGUGCGGCGUUUCAGUUCUGAAUCAAAUGUAGAGAACUUUUGUGACCUAGUUUUUUACUGAAGAAUAAGAAGAAGAAGAAGAAGCGGUGGAGGAAGAAGAUUCAACUUCUCUCUGGUAAUUUUAGAUUCGGGAGGACCUGACAGGGAGAUGAACAAGGAACAGCGACCGGAACCUCUUGAUUUCUUCAUUUGGACUGUUGAGGAUGUUGGUUUGUGGUUGGAAGAGAUAAAUCUUGGAAGCUAUCGUCAGAUCUUUAAAGAAAAUGGGGUCAAUGGGGAGUAUCUUGAAGGCAUGUCCAUGUUCACAACUGAGCAGAUUCUAAGGUUUAUUAGACGAUGCCACAUGAAAUGGGGGGACUUCAUCACACUAUGCAAGGAACUCCGACGAAUUAAAGUGGCUUGCUUGAAAGGGGAGCAAAAGGUACGUCGGCCGUGGUGGGCACCAUCGUGCCUCUCUAUGGUGUUUCUCAAGGUGGCGAAGCGUAACAGACAAUCUCGAGUUGUUUCCUUGAAGCUGGAGCCAUAAAAGCGAGAUCAUCUUAUUUGUUACGCCAUCAUGUAUUUCCUUUUCUGCGUGGAGAAUAUAAAGGUAGGGAAGAAACAUAUUAGUUUAUCCUUUUCUAAAAGAAAUUUAAUCAGUCAAUAUUACCCUUUUUUUCCUUCUUUGUUUAGAACUAUGUUUAUAUAUACAAGGUUUAUGUGUUCAGUAUGACAAUCCGCUUGAGGAAAAACAAUGAAGCAACCAAGAUCUUGUUGCAAAAUUAUACAAGUUUUUGCUAUA